AUUUCUGCCUUCCGCCGGACUCCCGGGGAAAAUGAAGCUAUGGCGUCCCCGACGAAGAACCAUUACGAAUCCGAGCUUUAUCUCAACCAGCAACUUCUGCACCUGCAAUCCCUGCAGACCCGAUAAUGACGAAAAAGAUAGAGAUACCGACUUCGUCGGGGUUCUCGAAACGAUCGUACGAGGAAAGCAAAGCUGGAGAGCAGCUUUCAGCAAUCCCUCUCUAUGUGCUACACUGAGGAGCCGCCAUGUAGAGCAAGUGUUAGUUCGAACAGUUGACGACUCCAGGUUAGCUUUGCGGUUCUUCAAUUUCCUAGGCUUGCACAGGAAUUUCGACCAUUCAGCGCUGUCCUUCUGCAUUCUAAUUCAUUCGCUGGCCAAUGCUAAUCUUCACUGGCCCGCUUCUUCACUUCUGCAAACGUUGCUGCAUCGCGGGUUGGAGCCAAGGCAGGUUUUUGAGGCUCUCUUGGACUCGUCCCGCUUGUGCAGAUUUAGCUCUGGUUUGGGCUUCGAUCUGUUGAUCCAGAAUUAUGUGGCCAACAAGAGAAUGGCUGAUGCUGCUUUGGUUUUUAGAUUGGUGAAAGGCUGCGGCUUAUUUCCAGAGGUUAGGACUUUGGGUGUGCUCCUGAAUGGGUUCGUGAAAAUUAGGCAAUUUGAUACGGUUCUGUUUUUGUAUGAUGAGGUUGUGAAUGCUGGAAUUAUACCUGGUGUUUACAUCAACACAGCAGUUAUUAGAAGCUUGUGUGAACUGAAGGAGUUCGUGAGAGCAAAGGAGAUGAUUCAAUGGAUGGAAAGGGAGAGAUUUGAGGUAGGUAUAGUGGGUUAUAAUAUGCUCAUUCAUGGGUUUUGCAAGAGCCAAAGAGUUUGGGAGGCUGUUGAAAUUAAGAAUAGUUUGACUAAAAAAAAUCUAAGAGCUGAUGUGGUUACUUAUUGCACUUUAGUACUUGGGUUGUGCAAAGUGCAAGCAUUUGAUGUUGGCCUAAUGAUGAUAAAUGAAAUGAUUGACUCCGGGUUUGUUCCGAGUGAAGCUUCGGUUUCAAGCCUUGUUGAGGGUUUGAGGAAGACCGGGAGGAUUAGGGAUGCUUAUGAUCUGGUAAAUAAGGUUGAGGAAGUUGGUGCAACCCCUAGUUUGUUUGUGUACAACGCAUUGAUCAAUUCCUUUUGUAAAGAGGGGAAAUUCAAUGAAGCUGAGUUUCUUUUUGAAGCCAUGACAAGGAAAGGUUUAUGUCCAAAUGAUGUCACUUAUUCUAUUUUGAUUGAUUCAUAUUGCCGACGGGGGAAGCUAGAUUCUGCAAUUCAAUCUCUUAACAGAAUGAUUGAGGCAGGGAUAAAAGUCACAGUCUAUCCAUACAAUUCUCUAAUCAAUGGUCAUUGCAAGAUUGGCAACUUGAACGCAGCAUGGUCUUUCUUCGAUGAGAUGGUUAACAUAGGUUUGGUACCCACUAUUGUAACUUACACUUCACUGAUAAGUGGACUCUGCAACAAUGCAGACAUACACAAAGCACUUAAAUUGUACAAUGAGAUGACCGGGAAGGGGAUUGCUCCAAAUAUUUAUACGUUCACUGCACUCAUACACGGCUUUUGUCAAGCAAAUAUGAUGAAUGAAGCUAUCUGUAUGUUCAAAGAUAUGGUGAAUUGGGAUGUUAUGCCAAAUGAGGUGACUUACAAUGUCCUGAUAGAAGGACACUGCAAAGACGGUAACACAACCGAGGCUUUUGUUUUAUUUGAUGAAAUGUUGAAUAAGGGUCUUGUUCCAGAUACAUUUACCUAUAGGCCUCUAAUUGGUGGCCUUUGUUCUACUGGUAGAGUUUCUGAAGCUAAGGAGUUUAUUGACAGCCUUCAUAGAGAGCAUCACAAGUUAAACGAGCUAUGUUAUAGUGCACUACUUCAAGGCUAUUGCAAGGAAGGAAGAAUAAUCGAUGCUCUGAUUUCUGCUCGCGAGAUGGUAGAUCGAGGCAUUGACAUGGAUCUAGUGUGUUACUCUGUGCUUGUAGAUGGAACCAUGAGGAAGCAUGAUACAAAAAAGUUGUUGGGUCUUUUAAAUGAUAUGCGGAAUCAGGGAUUGAAGCCAGACAAUGUAAUGUAUACAAGCAUGAUUGAUGGUCAUGGGAAAAUAGGGAAUCUUAAGGAAGCAUUAGGACUUUGGGAUAUUAUGAUCAAUGAAGGAUGCAUUCCAAGUACAAUAACUUACACUGCCCUCAUAAAUGGUUUGUGCAAAGCAGGAUUGAUGGAUAAGGCUAUGCUUCUUUUCAAGGAAAUGUUGGCUGGCAGCUCUCUUCCAAAUCGUGUGACAUAUACCUGUUUUCUGGACCAUCUAGCCAGGGAUGGAAACAUGGAGGAAGCUAGAGAACUUCACAACAUCAUGAUGAAAGAUUUUCUAGCCAACACCGUUUCAUGCAAUAUUCUUAUCCGAGGCUUGUGUAGAUCAGGUAAGAUGGAAGAGGCAAUGGAACUUAUAGAUGGAAUGACUGAGGCUGGUAUCUUCCCUGAUUGCAUUACAUACUCUACGAUAAUAUAUGAGUACUGCAGAAGAGGAAAAUUGAAGGAAGCCUUAGAUUUGUGGGGGAGUAUGUUAAGUAAGGGCGUGAAGCCUGAUAACCUAGCGUACAAUUUUUUGAUUUACGGUUGCUGUAUUGUUGGGGAAGUGGGAAAGGCAUUGGAAUUACAAGAUGACAUGAUGAAGAAGGGAAUGAGGCUGAAAUUAAGUACUCAUAGUGCUCUGAAUCAUGCAAAUCGUCAUUUGAAAUUGACAGGAUAGGUUUGGUUGUCUCAAAAGUUUGACUUCUAUUGUGACGUGAGGACUGUGUAGUUUCCCAGCCCUGCUUCCGAGAUGAGCCCUUGAUAGUAAGUCUGCACGUGAAAGCUUACAACUAAAUCAUCCAGGCAUACAAGUUAGGGGUGAACCUCCAGAAGAUUUCCGUGCCCUGUUGAAGGAAUGGGAGAAUCUCUGCAAGCAAUAUAUGGUUACUAUCCUUGAAAAGACACGUUCAAGAAGAUCAAUGCCUUCGAAAGUUGGCUUCAAAAGUUGAAGAUUGAAAUGGCGAUAGAAUCAAUGAAGCUGACGUUGCAACUGGUGAAUUUGAAGUCCCAAAGAUAGUCGACAUGUGUUUUGGUGAUCAUAGUUCUUCUGGGAGCCAUGGAUUGAAACUUAAGAAUGGGAAAUUUGCCGGAAGCCAAAGUAAGAGCGUGAAGCCUGAUACGCUAGCUUACAAUUUUUGUUUACAUACAGUUGUAUAUGUUGGGGAAGUGGGGAUGUCACUGGAAUCACGAGAUCACAUGAUGACGAAGGGAAUGAGGCUGAAAUUAAGUACUCCCAGUGCACAGAAUCAUAGUAGCAUACAACUCUUCAUUUGA